UGUCAAGCAAGUCAAGUCAAACAGCAAAUCGUAGCAGCAGCAGCGUCGGCCACAGUUUUAUCAUUUCUCUAGAGACAGUGAAAAAAAAAGAAAAGUUCCGUCGAAAGUUAGCGAAAGUAAGAAGUGCGAAUGCUAUCGCCUAAUUAAGAGUAGUAGGAUUACGUAUGCUACAGUUAAAUUAAUCAAAUCAAAUCGGAUCGACUGAAUUGGCAGUGCUACGUUUGCCUGCUAGGUGAAAAAAAAAGUGUUUCUCGUUGCGCCGCCGGGUCCGCAGUUUGGUGGCCGUGUUUUUUUUUUCUACCAUAUGACCAUUUUGUUUGGAAACGUAAUAUUAGUUGAACGCUAAACUUCUAUCGGUGUAAAAAUCUUUGAAACAGCUGUCGGAUUUUGCAGUAGUGCAAAAUGUCUCACACAAUUCUACUUGUUCAACCGGGACGGAAUCCGGAAACUCGAACGUACAGCGAUUACGAAAGUGUGAACGAGUGUAUGGAGGGUGUCUGCAAGAUCUACGAGGAACACCUCAAGCGUCGCAACCCGAACACCCCUACAAUCACGUACGACAUUAGCCAGCUGUUCGAUUUCGUGGAUCAGCUUGCGGACCUGAGCUGUUUGGUGUACCAAAAGUCGACCAACACAUACGCACCGUACAACAAGGAAUGGAUCAAGGAGAAGAUUUACGUUCUGUUGCGACAAGCUGCCGGCACCACGGAAUAGGCGGCCGACAACAAACUUCACACUUCCCAUUCAAACCAAACAUCUUACUCAUCUCUCAGAUAUUUUAGCUAUCAAAACUAAUUAAAUGUCAUUAUAGAACAGAGAAAAAAUGAACCCAUUCGGAUUUUGACCAUUUUUUGUGCAUAUUUAAUCGAGUGACGUAAAACGUUUGGGGGCAAUUUGACCGUUGUAAACGAUUACAGAAACUGGAACGAAUAGCAACUGGCGUUCGUCGAUGUGAAAUAGAGUUGACUUUUUAGAAGAACGGACGGACGGACAGACGGACACAGUGAUCCGGCGGUGUAGGAAGGUACUAAACGAUAGUACCUUUAAUGUAUUUAGUUUUCUAAUGUUACGAUUAACUUUGAUACUGAAGAACAGUAACUAAUAAAUGAAGUCGAGGCAAAUGUA